GGACAGAUCACAUAUAAAAGUCUACCUGCGCAUCAUCAGCUUCAAUUAACUUCAGUCAUGCCAAAUCAAAAGGCUUUUUCCGCAGGUUCCAAAGUCCCUACCUUAGAAAAUGGCGUUCUUCGAGUGUACAGUAUGAGGUUCUGUCCAUAUGCUCAACGAACACUCUUGGUGUUGGCUCACAAAAAUAUACCGUACGAAGUAGUCAACAUAAACCUGAAAAGUAAACCAGAAUGGUUCCUACAGAAGAAUCCUAUCGGCAAAGUGCCCGUUCUGGAACAAGAUGACAAAAUCGUGUACGAGUCCCUCAUCUGUUGUGACUACCUUGACCAGGUGUAUCCCCAAAACAGACUGACUCCUGAGGACCCUUACCGCCAGGCUCAGGAUAAAAUGCUCAUAGAACAUUUUGCUCAGAUGAUGACGGAGUUCUAUAAAGUCCGCCAAGGACCCCCUGCUGAGAUACCUGCUGGCUUGGAAAAGUUUCGUAAACAAAUGAUCAGAUUUGAAACAGAAAUACAGAAGAGGGGAGAUUACUUCGGAGGUAACAAAAUACAGAUGAUAGACUUUAUGAUUUGGCCCUGGUUUGAGAGGAUCUUUAUCAUGGAGAAAAUGCUUUCCCAAAUAAUCUUGUCGGAUGAAUCUUUGCCAAAAUUAUUACAAUGGACGUUGAGGAUGUCGGAAUGUUUAGCCGUCAAGCAAUGUCGUAGGCCUGUUGAACAACAUAUGGAAUUUUUCAAAACUUCAAAAAUGGGCGUUCCAAACUAUGACGUAGGUUUGGAAGAGUAAAAUCAGCUGGUUAAAAUGAAUUUUUAAAAAUGCUGACAUUAUGAACUCUCUGAUAGAUUAUCAAGUCAUUAUCCUAUGUAAUGUUAAAAUGCUUUUUUUUCUCUUUGCUGUUUUUACUACAUUGUAACAGGUAUAUAUUUUAUUGUUAAAUAAAAUUCGUU